CCAGUAACUGGAUUCAACCCAAUUUAGGUACUCUUAGCAGCUUCUGAUCCCGAGGCGGAAAGUCGCGCUUGCCUAUUGAGAGAAUCCGGCGCGCCCGACUUGCUGGCUGGAAUGGACGCUCCGCGUCUUCCGACAAGAGCUUUUUUGCUUUCUUUGGUCAUUAAAUCACCUCACCUCUACUUAUAACAUCCUGUGGCAACUUGCACUCCCUCCCCUUCUCAUCAUCAGAUCCUCUCCGUGGACGAUAUUCCAGCCCCUUUGAAAGAACAUGUGCGAGCCAUUUCUGUGCUUCAGUCGAUAAUACCAUCGUCAUCGCUAUUGUCUACGUGGCGAGGAGACCCUCCAUCACCUGCCUACUCACAUCUCCCCAAUCCUCACAUUUCUUCCCACUGCUCUCCCCUCUCCAGCUAUUCGUCGACUUCAAAAGGAGUGAGAAUGCUUAGUUUAUCUCUUCUCAUCCAAUUAUCUCUACUGGCUCCGCUUGUCCCCCUUGCGGCUGCUAUCACAAGAACCGCGGAUGCGCCGACACCAGCACCGACAGCCGAUGCGACGGCAGCUGAUCUUACCCCCCAUGUUCGUAACCCACCUCUUGACCCGACAGCGCCCUGGGUAUCAGUCAACAAGAAGGGGACGCCCACUACUGUGACACCCGUCCCGACAACGGUCUCUGGAACCCCUACCAUCCUGUCUGGAGCUCCCAACGUGCUUACCGGCACCGUCUUCGCCUACGCCGACUUCCGAGAAGGUAAAGUCGUGACGAGCACCGGCGACCCUCCCCUUGCUACGGCUCGUAACAAAAACGGCCGAGGCGCAUACCCGCCAUGCAGCAAUCAUGAUGGUCAAUUCGCGCCCUUUUGCCUCCCUGCGGCUGGCAGCGAGAUCCACCCCGGAAAGACUUACUAUGUGACAUGGGACUGGACCCUUCCGAUCCUGAAGUCGAACGUGACGGAGAAGUUCAAGAUCAAGAUUCUGGGCCAUUCACUCAACACGACCACGGAGGAAGUCAUACAUGAGGUCCUCAACCCGGAACUCAAGUAUCUCAGCCCCGUCAAACACGGAUUUUUCCCGUGGCAAGUGUCUGGCAAAAUCAUCCCAAAGGGCCAGGACAACAUCACGGUUCGCCUCACGAUGCAGCGUUUCCUCGACGACGAGGUUUUCGAAGAUGACGACAUAGGGGCCGAUAUCACAGGGCCAACGAUUCUAGUGCGUCGCGAGAAAAAGUUGCCGCCCAAGACCUCGUCCGGGAAGUUUCCCGAUGGAAAGGAGCUGUACAUCGCCCUGCCGAGCGUCUUCGGCUUCAUCAUCCUCUCCGUCUUUGGCGGUUUGGUCUGGAAUCGGAGGCUGCGGCGUAUCGGGCUCGGAAACGUCAUGAGCACCUCCCGCCACGGUCAGGGCGACCGGACGUCCCGGGCCAAGAAACUGCUGAGACGAAUGACGAAGGGGAAGCCGAAGAGGGAAGCCGCCAUCAGGGAGGAGGCCGUUCGGUUGAUGGCGAUGGAUAGGAAUUCGAUGGCUUUGGAGGACUCGGACUCGGACUCGGACUCGGACGACGAGUGGGUUGACCCGCAAUAUUCCCGGGCAACGUCGACAAAGGUUGAGAGUCGGUGGCUAGAAAGGAAGCAAUCUUGAAACGUUCGCCAUAUAGAUUUAUGUUGCAUGAGAAUUGAGAG